UAAACCUUGAAGAUGGAAAUGAGUAAUUUUAGAAUGAUUUAUUUAUUAACUCUAGUAACACUUCUGGGUGUCUGUGCUUCUGAUUCACAAUCCAGCGGAAAGAGUGGAAUGUCCUUUAGGAACCAGCAAGAAGAUCAAGCCAUCCUUGAGGAUAUUGGAGACGAUGAUGAAUUCCAUGUGGACAUGCAACAUGGGACCGUCUCAGAAGACGUUUACACACCAUCUCCACCUUACACAGAUCUGCCCAGUUCAAGUGUGACAACAAGUGUUGAUGAUGGCAGCAAUAGCAAGGAUAAUAUCACAAACAAAGACAUCACAAGGAUUCACAACCCUCUGUUUCCAGUGACAAACAGUUCUUACAUUGCCUAUGGGAUUCUCUUUCUGGCCCUUGUAAUUUUUGCAGUAGGGCUCGUGGGUAAUCUAGCAGUUAUGUGUAUCGUCUGGCAGAACUACUUCAUGAGAAGCGCAUGGAACUACAUACUGGCCAGCUUGGCUUUUUGGGAUUUCCUGGUCCUGUGUUUCUGCCUACCUGUGGUGAUCUUUAAUGAGCUCACCCACAAACGGCUGCUGGGAGAUUUCUCUUGCAGCGUUGUGCCUUAUAUUGAGGUGACAUCAUUAGGCAUGACCUCCUUGAGCUUGUGUGCACUUGGUAUUGACCGUUUUCACGCUGCCACCAGCUCCCCCCCAAAAACCCAGCGAGUUGAGCACUGUAAAUCCGUCCUUACUAAGUUGGCAGUAGUGUGGAUUGGCUCAAUGGUACUGGCUGCACCAGAGCUGCUUAUCUGGCAGCUGCACCAGGAAAAGUCUACUUCACUGGGGGUCCAGGUAGACACCUGCAUCAUGAGUCCAUACCCAAAUCUCCCAGAGUCCAUUUACUCCCUUAUAAUCAACUACCAUGAUGCUCGUCUCUGGUGGUACUUUGGCUGUUACUUCUGCCUCCCAGUGGUCUUUACCUUCCUCUGCCAGCUGGCCACUUGCCAUGUCGCAAGUGACAGUGAAAGUUCUUCCAAACGGCAAGAGGAACGCUCUCCAUCCACGAAGCAAAAGCUUCAACAUGCCCAGCAGAUUGAGAGGCAACUAAACUGCACUGUUAUGGCAUUAGCCAUGGUUUAUGGAGUGUGUGCUUUGCCAGAGAAUGUGUGCAACCUCACAUUUACCUAUGCCCCUGUGCAGGUGUCCAAAGAUGUUGUAGCUCUCCUUGCUCUGAUCAAUCAGUUCUUCCUGUUCUUAAAAUCAUCAGUGACACCAGUGCUUUUGCUGUGCCUGUGUAAGAAUCUGGGCAAGGCUUUUAUGGAUUGCUGCUGCUGCUGCUGUGAGGAAUGCCAACCCAGCAACUCAUCUUCCACCCAAUAUCUUACAGAAAAUAAGCACAAGGGCACCAGCGAUAUGUCCACUUCCAUUUUCUUUGACAAAGCCAAGGACAGCACAACUAUCUUAUCUAUUGGCAGCUAAGUCUGCAGACCUUGCUUUGAACCACAAGGUCACUUUAUGUAGUAUACAGUAUUAUUACUUUCAUGACAUCUAAUAUCAUUGUUUAUGUUUUUAGAUAUCUGAUCUCAUAUCAAGAUGCACCAAGCCCCUAGAUUGUGCUUUAAAGCUUCUCUUAUAGAACUGAGUAAAAUUGGUAUAAAAUUAUACACACUUUAUUAUUUUGUGUAGUUCGUGGACAUUAAAGAUGAUUUAAUAAAAACAACGAGAAAGGAUAUUUUAAUUUCAGAAAAGACAUGAAAGACAGAAAAGAAUGUCAACGUUAUAGCUAUUUUAUAGCAAAACUAUCAAUUAGAAAUAAGCCAAGGAAAUCUGGACCAGGGUAACAACUUUAUUCCCCAGACUGACUUUCCAAUAUAUGCCACUACACUUAUUCUUGAGAGUUACGGAUGAUGACUGCUUCUCCUUUACUUUCAUUGGUCAUUAGAAUUUUAAUGCCAAAUCUUAAUGAACAUCAUGAUAUUUUCAGUUGUUUAUUGUUUACCAGUGGCCAAAUAUUUAAACAUAGGAAUCACACUGCUAACAGGCUGGCAGCUGCUUUUUAUUCAAGAAUAAAUUUUUAUUCCUGCUUUUUAUUCCUUUGACAUUUAAAAAAUAUUCACAAAAUGUGUAUGAUUUGAACAUUAUCUUCUUCUCUGUAGUGCAUGUAUGGGGUCAAUUGCACAUCAGAUUAAUACCUGCCUGUUUUAUUAAUUUUACACAUGUAAUUGCGGCUCAAUUACAAAAUAUCUGAUAUUGGUACUACACUGUAUUUUGUGACCUUCAGUGCACAUAUUGUACCUUAUUCAGGUAUUUAUUGGUGCAAACACACUUUAACUUUCUUGAUUAAAAUGAACACUAUCAGUAGAUCAGCUUACAUGAGUCUUGCUUGUAAGCUCUCAAAUCAGUGUCGUAAAUACUUAAUUUGACUGCACCAUUUUGUCAAAAAAAGCAAUAUAAUCUCAAGCUGUAUUUGAGAUUUGUACUGUACCAGAAAAAAGGCUUUCAGCAACAAAAUCUCAAGUCAAGUUUUAUGUUUUACAGUCACAUAGUGGUCUGUCACAUUCUGUACAGCAUUUGUGAAUUUCAUUAAUAGUGCUACAUUUAGUAAGCACAGCUUACCAGACAGUAAAAAAUAAACCAUGUAAAUGUUUUUAGUCAACUAGUCAACUAGUCAACUAGUAAUAUGUUUAUUACACCUGGGGUUAUCUGUGUAACAAAUAUUGCUUGUUACUAAUAAAUGCAAAAGUUUUGUUUAAAUGUAACCACUUGGAUUACUAAAUUUUAAAUGAUUAAAUGUUGCAUAUGCACUGAUUUGUUCUACUAGAAUGUAAAUAAAGGUGUUAA